UUUAAUUGUUCAUUGCUUUUGUUUGUUUUCAUCAUUACUCAAAACCAAAGUAGGUUUUCAAUAGUUUUAUUCAGAAUUUAAGUAACUUUUUUCAGUACUGCUUUGGCACUCAAUUCGGUUUAUUUUCAGCAUUGGAUCGGUACGCGUUGACUUUAAUUGAACAGUUUAUUCCAGUUUAUAUUCAGCAUCCGAUGGUCAUCUUUUCGGCUAAUUUUUGACCUCCUUUUGUUAUCCAAUUUGUUAAUUUUCAGCACUUUGGCACACAUAUGAACAGUUUUCACUUUAGUGCUUCUAGUCUUAUCUAGGUCCCAGUCCCUAACUGAAGCUGACAGCUUAGAUGUCGAAACUCAUUUAAGUACGGAAUGGCCCCAAACGUUUUGGGCAGUACUGCACUCUUCCUAACCGAAGCAACCACUACCUCUGAAGAGCCGGUGGUACUGUCGAGGACAUCCACAAAGGUACAGCCACCUUCGGCUCAGGCGUCCUCUAGAUCUUCACAGAAAUUGUCGUCCCAACAACCUCAUUAUAAAUGGGACAUCGUUUGGAGGAACGUUCUAGCAUUCAUAUACCUUCACGUUGGUGCCGUUUAUGGGCUUUACCUUUUCAUUUUCAAAUGUUAUUGGAGCACAUUCAUCUGGACGUAUUUCGUGGCAUACUUCGCAUCCCAAGGAAUAACUGCUGGAGCUCACAGAUUAUGGGCUCAUCGUUCUUACAAAGCCAAACUGCCUUUAAGGAUUAUUCUCAUGAUAGCUCAAACGGUAGCUCUCCAAAAUCACCUUUACGAAUGGGUCAGAGAUCAUAGGGUCCAUCACAAAUUCACGGACACAGACGCGGAUCCCCAUAAUGCCAGAAGGGGUUUCUUCUUUUCACACAUGGGUUGGCUUAUGGUGAGAAAACACAAGGACGUUAUGAUUAAAGGUAAAACGGUUGAUAUGAGCGAUAUGGAGGAAGAUCCAGUUGUAAGGUUUCAAAGAAGAUAUUAUUUGAUUUUGACGCCAAUAUUCUGCUUCCUUAUUCCGUCUUUGGUACCAUGGUAUUUCUUCGGAGAGGACUGGUGGACUGCCUGGUACGUUUCAGCAAUAUUUAGAUACACGGUUUCGUUAAAUUGUACUUGGCUGGUGAACAGUGCAGCUCAUAUUUGGGGAACAAAACCAUAUGACAAAACGAUAUCACCGACUGAGAAUGUCCACGUGGCCUUUUGGGCUUUUGGAGAAGGAUGGCACAACUACCAUCAUGUGUUCCCGUGGGAUUAUAAAGCGGCUGAAUUGGGAAACUAUGCACUGAAUUUUUCUACAAUGACUGUUGACUUCUUUGCCAAAAUUGGUUGGGCGUAUGACUUAAAAACUGCGUCUGUGGAAAUGGUAAGGAAGCGAGCGAAGAGAACUGGAGAUGGGACGAGAGAUUCUAACGAAGAAAUCCAGGACGAUAAUCCUCACAUGCACGGUGGAGUUUGGGGCUGGGGCGACAAAGAUAUGAAGCCGGAAGAUAUAGAGGAUGUAAGAAUUUAUAAUAGAUUGCCAGACGACUCGUAGGGGGGUAGAAAUUUUAGUUUAUAGAUACUCUAACAAUGACUUUUGAAAAGUAGGAGAUUUUUAGAAAAUAAAGUAACCCGUGGUACGUUGGGUAAAAGUAUUCUAGUUUCAACGUUAAUCAUUUCAAUUAAUUAUUGCUAAUCACGUUCGAUUUAAAUAAUAAUAGAGUCU